AAUACACCUUCAUGGAAAUCGGGGUUAAAAUGGGAUUUAAUCGCUCCCCGGAGCGAUCCGAGCGAGGGGCCGGUUCAGUGGAACGCCGUCGCAAGUCUCGUAUCGGUCUCGCCCGAUCUCGCUGCUUCGUCGUACGAACGUGACAUCGCAGCGACGUCAGAUAAAUGACGGUGUAUAAUAGCGAACGCGUGAGAAAUCAGUGAUACGUAAUAGUUCAGCUGUAGUUAUCCAAAACACGAAACGCGGAAAAAUGGCGGAGCAAAGUGACAGGAGUCAAUUACCACCCGGUUGGGAAUGCAGAUACGACAUUCGCAGCGGUCGUCCAUAUUUCAUAAAUCAUUUCAAUCGUACUACAACAUGGGAAGAUCCCAGAGUGAGGUACUGGCAGUACUCGCAGUAUAUACAAGCUCAGAACUCGAUGGCCCUGAGUUCAGCUACUACCACUACCUCCCAAGAUAUUCCUAUGCAGGAGCUGAAAACUCCGUUAUCGCUGAAAUCCACCAGCGCGGUGACAACACGAUUUGGCGAUUUGACACUGGGAUCACCGACUCCGGUGAGAAACACGGAGACGAGUUUUACUCAAAAUUCGGACUCCGAGUCACAAGUGGCGAAAAUCAAUGCUGUGUUCCCGACCGUUUCCGACACGCAUAUUCGUCUCUUACUGAAGAAAUACCAUAACAGAGCAGCUUUGGUCAUGAGUGCUCUUCAAGUGGAAAAGAAUCCUCUUUGUGCACCAGGACCGUGCACACCUGUGGGAGUGCAUUCGCAUUAUGCGAUCCCGAGAUGGCGUCUACCAGCUCACGCUAUACACGCAGCAUUAACAUUGAGUCCGCCUCGCGGGGUCCGGCCAGCCCCUAACUCCCCAAAAAUGAAACUUAGGUACCUGAAAAACGUAUUUCCAAAAGCGGACGAAACGAUAUUACUUGAAAUAUUAGAACAGAGCGAUAACAACGUGCAGAAGGCGUCCGAGAGACUAAUCGAUCUAGGAUACGAGAAACGCAAUCCCACUCUUCCUGCCAAGGCUCUGGCGAAGAAAAAAGAAGAGGAACGGGCUCAAAACGAACAAUCCGCGCCUACACCUCCGCCCCGAAUGAAAAGUACGGAAGAGAAGAAUAAGAUGAAAGCGCGUUUAAUGGAAAAAUAUAAAACGGUGCCAGAUCGAGUGGUGAUGCUUGCCAUGGAUAGCGUAGAUUACGACGAGGAGAGAGCAAUGCAUAUAUUAGAUAUAGUAGUAGCGGAGGAAGCUACUCGACCAAUAUGUACUUCUAGUAGCCAAAGUAGCAGAAGCGACGAGCGAAAAGACAGUCCGCCGGUGACAGAAGCUAUAAAAUUAACAGCUUCUCCGAUUAAGAAGAUAAGUAAAGAGGGAGAGACUGAAAAGUCGAAACGGUCCAAAAAUAAGACUGAGAUACCGAAAGUUUCACGUGGAACCAGCACUACGGAAGACAAAGAAUAUAAAUCCCCUUAUUUGACCAAACCAAUUGGGUCAAACUCAGAUUUACCAAAGGGAGCGAACAACGAUCUACUAUUGCCGGAUUACGCGCCAUGGUCGGGGCCAGAUCCCAAUUUAUUGUGCAAGCAACCGUUCUCGAGAUCGCUCGCGAUAGGUCACGACGGGAAUUUGCUCUCUACGAAUCAUUGUCUCGCUAAGGGCCCGCAAUCCGAAUUACGGAAAGGACCAAUAAGGGGUUUGGCUCAAGGUUCCAUUUAUUCGCAGAGGAAUGUAGCUAAUACAGAGAGCCGCGGUAAAUGAAACAUGUGCAAUUGUUUCUUUCUUGAUAUUUUUACGUUUGUUAAAUAGUAAGAUUUUUAUCUUAAUUUAGUAGCGACUGUACAACCGUUGCGAAAAAUUACCUCAAAGAAAGAGAUAGAGCGAGAACGU